AUGCGAAUCCGUCCGUUAUGUUUUACUCAACUUCUUGCGAAAUUCAAGUAUCCCGGAAGACGCGUUGGAAUCCCUCAUUUAGUUGCCUGUUUUUUCUUCCUCGGGCUUUACGGUUACUGGAUGCUUUUUAUGUAUGUCACAAAAUCCGAUCUCGCUCUUCCCGAAAACUCACAAGAACCCAUGCUGAAAUCUCCCACUAGUGUACCGGUUGUCAACAGAACUGAGUCCCAUCCAGAGCUUGAUUCUAAUAUGAUCAUGGCUCAAACAGUCCGAUUGGCCAUGGUUCAUUCAUGGAAAGCCUACCGAUUGUAUGCCUGGGGAAAGGACGAGACAGAGCCCAUGCGGCAGAGCGGGACCAAAUGGAUGGGCACCGCGCUGACCAUGAUUGACGCCCUUGAUACUUUGUGGAUUAUGGGACUAACGAAAGAGUUCAGUGAUGCUCGCAACUGGAUCGCAGCAAAUCUGAAGUUUGACACGGACAACGAACACAUCAGCUUUUUCGUGGAAUUCUGUUUGAACAUUCUUGUCCGUUUACAGCAGGAACUGGGCCCGUUGCUGUUGGUCGCUUUUCGUCCACAUUUCGCUUUGCCUAUGCCAGAUGUAAACUUUGCCAAACGAACUGCUCGGUACUCGGCCUGGUCUACACAACACUCUUUGUCAGAAGUUUCCUCUAUACAGAUGGAAUUCAAUCAACUGUCCUUGUUGACCAAAGAUGAUCGAUAUGCGUUUGCUUUAACACUUCCGGUUACCGUUCACGCACGUGAUUUCAAGUCCGAAUGGCUACAAACUCUAUUUGCGACAACCCAAGCUGCUCAGGGCGGAAUUUAA